UUCCAUUUCUCUCCUUCUCUCUCACCUCUCCACUCUCUCUCUUCAAUUUUCAAUUCUUCUUCCUCAUGGAUUAUUAUUGUACCUCUCCCGCCACCAGCUACCCCCACCCCCACCACCACCACCACCGGUCCACCGACACCGCCACUCUGUCUCCUGAGGUCGCCGUCCACAAGGCGCUCCUCCUCGUCCAAUCCGACUCCCCCGAUUCCAAGUUCCAAGGCGCCUGCGAAAUUCGCCGCCUCACCAAAACUUCCCAACGCUGCCGCCGCCAUCUCUCUGAAUCAAUCCCUCAUCUCGUCUCCAUGCUCCACCGUCCUCACUCCCCUGAGUCCCACCUUGAAGCUGCUCUCCUCGCCCUUCUCAAUCUCGCCGUCAAAGACGAAAAGAAUAAAAUCAAAAUUGUAGAAGCUGGUGCCUUGGGACCAAUAGUUGGUUUCUUUCAAUCAGAGAGUUUGAUCUUACAGGAGAAUGCAACUGCAUCCUUGCUUACUCUAUCUGCUUCUACCGUCAAUAAGCCAUUAAUAAGUGCUGCUGGUGCAAUUCCCCUUCUAGUAGAGAUUCUUAGAUGUGGAAGCCCACAAGCAAGGGCAGAUGCUGUAAUGGCUCUUUCCAAUCUUUCGACGCUUCCACGUAAUCUUAGCAUCAUUCUCGAUUCGAAGCCGAUCCCUUCAAUAGUUAGUCUGCUGAAAACUUGUAAAAAAUCUUCAAAAACAGCAGAGAAGUGCUGCUCACUGAUUGAAUCCUUAGUUGGUUUUGAUGAAGGUAGAAUAGCUUUGAUAUCUGAAGAAGGUGGAGUUCUUGCAGUUGUUGAAGUGCUUGAGAAUGGCUCGCUUCAAAGUCGUGAUCACGCUGUCGGUGCACUAUUGACGAUGUGUGAGAGCGACCGGUGUAAAUACAGAGAGCCUAUCUUAGGAGAAGGAGUAAUCCCUGGCCUUCUUGAACUCACUGUCCAAGGAACACCUAAAUCUCAGUCAAAGGCUAAAACACUAUUGAGACUACUAAGGGACUCUCCGUAUCCACGAUCCGAGCUUCAACCUGACACGAUUGAGAACAUUGUUUGCAACAUCAUCUCUCAGAUAGAUGGAGAUGACGAUCAAUCGAGUAAAGCGAAGAAGAUGCUGGCAGAGAUGGUGCAAGUAAGUAUGGAGCAGAGUUUGAGGCAUUUACAACGAAGGGCUCUGGUAUGCACGCCUACUGAUAUGCCUAUUAAUACAUGCACCUCUGAAGUUUCUUCCAAGUAACAAAAUUUGUUCUUAUCAUGGAGUUUGUAAGAUAAAACUUCGAUAGUUGUUACUGUUAGAAAACAGGAAAUGAAAAUAAGAUUUAGGAAAGCAAGCCAGUCCAGGCAGGUUGUGUGAGUGUCGGGAGACUGGUAAAUGUCAAUAAAACUGGGAAUUGAAUCUGUAUGAGGUUGAGAUCAUAGUUCUUGCUUGUUCUGUAAAGAAACUGUUGUAUUACAGUAUAGAAAUAGUGAAGUUUAGAAGUGUUCAUUUUCCUUCUGA